AUGGCCGAACAAAUUAGAUAUCCGGCCAAGGACGCUGAUAUUCCAUUGUGGCUUGAAGAAAUUACCAAAGUCACGCGACGGACGUCUUUAGAUGCAACAAUGGAUUUAAUAUUGAAACCUCAAAAGCAAUUGGCACAUUCUGCUGGUACUUUGAGAAAUAAUCACAGUAAUGGCUUUGCUCAAAAUGGUAGACGAAAAUCAAACACCGGUAACGGUGAGAUAGACUGGGGCGAUUCUGCUACUGGCACUAAGAACGAUUUUCUCUCUGACCUCAUACCUCACUAUGUGACGCCAAGACACAAACCUUUAGAUGCCAUUGACGACGAUUUUACCGAUGUUAUUUUAGGAUCACGACUGCAAGAUAAUAAUAGAAAAUUUAUUAAAAAAAUCCCAUUAAACACUUCAUUGAAUCGUCAAAAUUCUCUAAAGAAACCAUUAAAGAACAAUAAUCUAACUAAGAAACCAAAAGCCACAGGAUCGCUUCCUAUUAAAAAUGGCCAAAAAGAAAAAGUGGAGAGUCAUUUUACGAUACCUGAACUACCUAAGGGUAGAUUACUGGAAAUAAAAAUCUAUUCUAAUUGGGGUGAUAAGUACUUAAUAGGGAUGAAUGGUGUCGAGAUGUUCAAUUCAAAUGGUAGUCCAGUUGUUAUUGAGAAGGUGUGGACAGACUCAGACACCGGGGACCAGUCGAAGUACGGUCGCGUGGAGAACAUAGUGGACGGCGUGGUGCGCACGCGCGACGACCGGCACGCGUGGAGCGCGCCCGCGCCCGCGGCGCUGCCUAUUGUCCUUACACUGCUAUUGGCUGCAUGCACCGAGUUGGCCCUACUGAGGAUUUGGAAUUACAACAAGUCAAGAAUAUACUCGGCCCGAGGCAUCCGUCUUGUUCAAAUAAAAUUUGACGAUCAAAUAAUUUUCCAAGGCGAGAUUGCUCGCUCUCAUGGCGAAUUGAAAGGACCGCUACCAAUUUUUGGCGAUACAAUUCUCUUCACAAAAGAUGCAAAAAUUCUCGAAUUAAUAUUGGUCAAUGAUAAAAAUUUCCAAGCUCUCUUGCAAGACAACGAACCAGCUGUAGAUCUUAGAGCAACAGAAAAACGACCCACUACUGCUAACGAUAAUAAAAGUAGCAUAAGUCCCACAAAAUAUGGUGAUUUUGAUGACGAACAACAAGAUUUUAAGUAUAUAGUUAAGAAGAUCACAUUGACACUCAUGUCUAACUGGGGAAAGAAACAUUUGAUUGGUCUGACAGGAAUAGACAUACUUUGUUGCAAUGAGUCACUUAAAAUAGAUCGUUGGUACGCGUAUAAAUCUUUCAUCAGCGAUGAUAAAACAUCGGAAUAUAACAAGUACAUAGAUUGCAAGAGUCUCUUCAACGGAAACAAUAUAACCACAGACUUAGAUGACAUGUGGUGUACCAAUUUUACGGAAGAUUCGGAGUUUUGUCAUAUCGUUAUGGAAUUUAAAAAACCGACUGAGAUUACUGGUAUCCGGAUAUGGAAUUAUAACGCAAACAUGGAACUAUCGUACAUUGGCGUUAAGCAUCUUCGCGUGACGCUAGACGAAGAGUCGGUCCAGCAGCGCGGUGUUAUGUUGCGGCGCGCGCCCGGCGACACCUGCUACGACUACGUGCAGCACCUCGACCUCGCUGCGCUCGACCGCAGGUGAGCUGCUACACGCUGCACUCCUGAUCCAACUGCAGAUUGGCCACUAUAUGACAAUUUGGAACUGGCGGUACCCACGGGCUUCGUACUGCAAAUAAGCAUCUACUCAACAUGGGGUGAUCCUUACUAUGUGGGCCUCACUGGUGUCGAACUGUACGACCCGCAGGGUCGGAUCAUCGAAGUUACCGAAUCUAACGUGUGCGCGCAUCCGGCCAGUGUAAACGUGUUGGACGCGAGCGGUGCGCGAGACGUUCGCACACCGUCGCGUCUCGUGGACGGACACAACGAGCGCGCCUCGCACGCGCACCACUCCUGGCUCGCCCCGCUGCUGCCGCGCACGCUCAACAGGGUAUUUUUCGUGUUCGACACUCCCGUAUCCGUCUUCGGUAUGAAAAUAUGGAACUACGGUAAAACACCUUCUCGGGGCGUCAAAGAAUUUGGGGUUCUGAUGGACGACCUGCUGCUGCACACGGGCACGCUGCCGGCCGCGCGCGGCGAGUGGCUCGCGCCGCACUGCCUGUGCCUGCGGGACGCGCUCGCGCUCAGCGGGUCGGAAGCAAGCAGCACUACGAGCGGCAGCGCGCGCGCCGACCCCGCCGCCCGGCCGCGCACUGCCGUCACUGUCCCCGCCUCCCCUGCCGCGCCCCGCGACACGUAG